CCCCUCUCCUGUAUUCCUGUGUAUAUUACGAAUAUAAAUCCUUGAAUGCUGAAAAUGGAUUGAAAAAUCAACGAUCCCUGCCGACAAUACUAAUCCCACGGCGAUAUUAUAAAUGAAAUAUGUAGUGAGUCGAGUACAGUCGUACAACAACAUCGUAUGAUUCCCGCGUAGUCGGACACGCGUUCUUUAUCGGCUCAUGAUUGCAUAAUCACACGACGACUAACACAUUUUGUGAAUAAACAUACUUUCCCGAGUACACGCUCGUGACGAAGCGCGAUAACGGGCCGCAUAUCGAUGAUAUACGAGUGCCAUCGUGCUCUUGCGCCUGUGCACAGUUCGCGUUCUCCUCCUCGUUCAGUGACCGAGAUCGGAUCAGAUCGGAUCGUACAAGGAACCAGUCGAUGGCUCUCUCCUGGAGGCUGCUGGCGACCGCGCGGCUGGUCGAGAGAUCACGCGACUCGAUAUGCCGAUUUGUGUCGAUCAGCUCGAUUCGCUUCGGCAAAGUGGUGCCUUUCAAAUUAUCAGAUAUUGGCGAAGGAAUUCGGGACGUUUCGAUAAAGGAAUGGUUCGUGAAACCGGGAGAUCGGGUACGUCAAUUCGACGAGAUCUGCGAGGUGCAGAGCGACAAGGCAUCAGUGGCGAUUACCAGCCGCUACGAUGGCGUCAUCAAGACCUUGCACUUCAAGGUAGACGACGUUGCUAUGAUCGGAGCGGCCUUGCUCGACAUUGAAAUAGAGGACGACGCGGAGGAUACUGCAAGCGAUACAAGCACGAGUGAAUCGAGGGAUCAACAAUCGACCGGUAAUUCUAACGAAGAGAAAAAAGCAACGGACAUUGAAAUAGAAAGUAGCCUACAGAACAUAGAGAAGGUGUUGGCGACUCCAGCGGUGAGGAAAAUAGCCACGGAGAACAAUAUCAGGCUGACAGACGUGAAACCGACCGGCAAGGGAGGACGGGUGCUCAAAGAGGAUGUGCUAGCUCAUUUGCAGAAAAUUUCUGCGCCCUCGCAAGUCAAGGAGCAAAUUCCCACGCAACCGAACAUAACGGGGAAGACGGUCGAACUUAAGGGUUACACGCGUCACAUGUGGAAGACUAUGACAAAGUCCCUGAGUAUCCCGCACUUCGUCUACAGCGACGAGUGCAACGUAGACCAGGUUAUGAGUUACCGAAACGAAGUGAAGGAUUCCUUGAAGGAUCGAGGCGUCGCUAUGACUCUGAUGCCGUUCUUCGUGAAGGCAGCCUCGAGAGCGCUCGAACAGUUUCCCGAGUUGAAUGCCUGGCUGGACGAGGAGGGUCAGACGCUGCGAGUUAUGGAUAAUCACAACAUCGGAAUCGCGAUGGACACUGCCGACGGUUUGGUGGUGCCGAAUAUCAAGAACGUGCAGAAUCUCGACAUUUACGCGAUCGCGAAGGAACUCAACAGGCUCCAGGAGCUCGGAAGACGAGCAUCGUUACCGCUCAACGACCUGUCCGGCACUACAUUCUCACUGUCGAACAUAGGUGUGAUUGGUGGGACGUAUAUGAAGCCGGUAAUUCUACCACCGCAAGUGAUAAUUGGUGCGUUCGGAAGAGCACGGAUGAUACCGCAGUUCAAUGAGCACAAGUCGGUGGUGCCAAUGAACAUGAUGCCGGUCAGCUGGUCGGCCGACCAUCGCGUUCUUGAUGGCGUCACGGUGGCUAAAUUUUCCAAUUUGUGGAAGUAUUACGUAGAAAAUCCCAUACAUAUGCUGAUCGGCGCAUAAAGAUGCAAUGUAAGAUGCUGGACUAGACAAUAUUUGGGCAAAAAGGUGAUCAUGAUGUAUGCUUGUGUUCGGAAUUCUCAUAUUGUUCGCUUUACAAAAACGUUACCUCUGUUAUGACAAUUCUAGAUAACGCAAAAGACGUUGGUAACUUCUGGGGAAAAAGCCUGAUUUAAAAAUUUCAAUUAUAUUUAUACAUAUAUUUGUUUUCUUUGGAAGUAACGAAAAUUCGUACGUAUUUCUUAGUAAUGAGUCCAAUUUGAUGAAUCCAAAGCUCCAAUGAAGGUAGCUCUUAAGUUAAGCUCCAAUGAAGUUAGCGUUAUUCUAUAUAUAUAUAAUUAUAAAUUGAUUAUUACGAUGAAGAUAUUUUUAUAAAUUGAUAUGUAAGGUCUCGCGUUGUAUAUUGAGAUAGAAAAAUUGUACGUUACGAAGUUCAAUAAAUCGUUAUAGCACUUUGUACG